GAAACUCUGAGAGAGAGAGAGAGAUAUCUCUUUCGUUGGCGACGUUCACACAUAGCGCACCCUGCAUAUCACUCUUUACUUGCUCCUUCCCCCCCCCAACUCUAAAUAUCACGAACAAGGAGAUAGUAGAAACUAAAGCGGCAUAGAUCUUAUUUUAAACAUAUAAUACAUACAAGAGAAUACCAUGGCGGCUAUAACAGCUUACAAUAGUGAGCAAGACCAAGAGACGACUCCUCUUCUUCUAAGCAAUCGUCACCCUACCGAUAGUACCACCACACCAAAAGAAAUGAAGAGCCGUAGCGAUGCAAUCUUUGGAGCUGCCACACAUGUAGGAUUAGCUCUUUUUGUUGGACUGAUCAUUUCUGUCCUGGUGCGCAUUCCGUUCAAUGUGUUUACAUACCAUCCCAUUUUCAUAAUGUUGUUCAUUGUGUUUACAACCGAAGGUAUUGUUCUUGCUACUUUAUUGUUGAACUUUCUCUUUUGAAUAAUGAUACAAGUUGAGAGGUGGUUGUGAUUUUAAUUGCUUAUCAGCAAAUUCUUCCAAACUCACGCACUGUUGCUGAUUUGUUUUUUAAAAAAGGUGUAAAUCUUUUGCAAACG